UGUUUGAGGUUAUAUGUCAUCUUACUGCCACGUCAACAGUGAUAGCGAGUCCCUACAGCGAAAGGGUUCUCAUCCGCGUUCACUGUGAACCAACCAUUUCACUGUUACGUUCACAUGAACAACAACAAUGUCUCUAGCUCAGGUGGUGCUCGUUCUCUUGGCCGCCUGCGUGGCCGGCGUCGUGUGUGUGGACAAGUGCAGCCCCGACUGCACCGGCAAACCCGUGGGCAGCAAGGUUCCCGAUCCCAGGAACUGCACACAGUUCUACCUCUGCCUCAACGGCGAGUUCCCCACCGACCACCCACUCUGGUGCGACUCGGGUGAAAUCUUCGACACCACGCUAAAUGAGUGCCAGGUGGGGACCAACUGCACGGAUCAGUGCCCGACGACCGUCUCCAACUGCCACUUCACGUGCGACGGAACGUACGACCUGGUCAGUGAUCCGUCGAGCUGCAACCAGUAUUUCGUGUGUCUCCCCCACGGGCUGGAGGGACCCUUCGAGUGUCCCGCGGGAUCCCCAUACUUCAACGGGGAAAACUGCUUGGAUGACAAAGGCGCCUGCUGUUCCGACCCGUGCACACCCUUCUGCGAGGCGGCGGCGACGCAGGUGCCGGAUCCCACGGACUGCACCAAGUACUACAUCUGCCUGGAGCCAGGGCUCACGUCCGAGGAAUACCACUUCACAUGUGACGCGGGACAGAACUUUAACCUUGUCACGGGACGGUGUGACAGCGCAGCCGUUUGCCAAGUUUUGUGUAACAAUAGGUGAAAGUCGCUUAAUACUCUCACUAGAAUUCGCAACGGAACAGAACGUGACUAUGACUUUACUAUAUCGAUGUUUUGAAGAAUCGAAAUUACCAUAGAGCGUCUUCAUUCCUCUUAUGUUGAAAAUAAAACAUGUUAAUAAAUACUGAAGAUAUUAAGCUGGAUAUAUUAAA